AUGUUUCAAGCCCACUACUACAAAAAGAUCCAAAAACAGGCACCUGGAAAUACGUUACGAAAUUACAAAUACCGGAAACUGACGAGAAUUACGGCGAAAAACCAGAAACUGAGAAAGAUUCUUUACCUGUGA